GGCCCGGCUUCGCUCCGGGCACAGCCGCAGGGGUGGAUACUCCGCCGAUAGACCCGUCGCACGCGAGGUCCGCUGCAUACUACGGCUCCAAGAUCGCGGGGCACCGAGGCAUGUUCUGCUAUCAUUGCCCGCCGUCGCUGCACCCUUCGAGCGCACCACGGCUGCCAACCUUAGAUUACCCCUUCACGCCGACGCAUCCCUACACGAGCUACUCCUACCACCCCGCCAUCCACGAUGAUACGUUCGUCCGCCGCAAGCAGCGACGCAACAGGACCACCUUCACCUUGCAACAGCUGGAGGAACUGGAGAGCGCGUUCGCGCAGACGCACUACCCGGACGUCUUCACCCGCGAGGACCUCGCCAUGAAGAUCAACCUCACGGAGGCCCGAGUGCAGGUGUGGUUCCAGAACCGGCGCGCCAAGUGGAGGAAGGCGGAGCGCCUCAAGGAGGAGCAGCGCAAGCGAGAGGAGCAGGAGAGGGGCAAGAGGGACCCCGACAAGGACGCCCUCGACGUCGACAAGGUGGAGUCCCGUGAGGGAGCGAGCCCUGUAGAGGACAUGGAGGCGGCGUCGACGUCUGCGCCAGUGGUGCACGCGGACACGAGCCGGUCUCCGCUGAGCUGCAGCGACGCUGGCGACACCGACGUCGGCGCGUCAGGCGCUCCCGGCUCCGCGUCCGCUUCCGCCCCCGCGCCGGCGCAGCAGACGGAGGCGCCGCCCCCGCUGCCUCCCCUGCUGGCGGAGGCGUCAGCGGCGGGGGCGGCGGCGGGCGCAGAGGCCAACUCGCUGCCCGCGUCCUACAGUCCCAGGUGGGUACCGCCGUCAUCGCCCACAUAUUAG